AUGUGCUUGUACCCAAGAGACGGUCCCGGACCUUCCUGUUUGGAUUAUAGAAAAGUAGAAUUUACACAAUAUCAAAAAAUGUAUAUUGUUGAUAUUCAUAACGAUAUACGUAAUCACGUUGCUUCCGGUCUGGAAACUAAGGGAAAACUAGGAAAUCAACCCCCUGCCACUAAUAUGUUGCAAUUGGAGUGGAGUGAUGAAUUGGCAAAAAUAGCUCAAAGAUGGGCAGAUCAAUGCAUACCCGUCAACGCUACGAAACAACACGACACUUGCAAGACUACAAGUCAAUUUGACAACAUCGGUCAAAAUAUAUUGACGGCGGUUACAAACGGAACUGACGUAUCGGAAUUGGCGAUAUUAAUAUUGAAUUGGUAUAAACAAGUAGUUAAUGUCAUUCCGUCCGAUAUAGAUCAUUUCGAAGGGAUCAAAAGAGGUCAAUUUUUGAUAGGACAAUAUACGCAGUUGGUUUGGGCCAAUACCAAAGCCGUCGGUUGUGGUAUGUCGAUAUACAAAGAUUCACCGAGAGGUUUUUAUAACCAAAGAUUGGUAUGUAACUACGGUCCUGGUGGAAAUAUAAUCGGACAACCUGUAUAUUUACAAGGGAUACCGUGUACCGGAUGUCCGAAAGGCCGUUGUAACAAUAUUAGAAAAUAUUUAUGCGAAAUAAUGAAAUUAGACGCUAAUAAUUCUUCGUGA